AUGUCCAACCUCACAAAACUUGAGUUCUUGCCUCUUGAUGUGUCUGGUGAAAAUUACUUAUCAUGGUGUGAUGAUAUUGAAACUCAUUUUGUGGCUUCAAAUCUUAGCAAGAUUAUUACAGAUGGAAGUCAUGAAUCUCCCCAAGACCGGGCUAAGGCGCUAAUCUUUCUAUGCCGUCACCUUCGUGAAGAAUUGAAAUCUGAAUAUCUUUCAGUUAAAAAUCCACUUGACUUGUGGAAGAAUUUGAAGGAGCGAUAUGAGCACCAGAAGUGUGUAAUCCUCCUAAAUACUCAGUUUCAGUGGACUAAUAUGAGAUUACAAGAUUUCAAAACUGUUCGUGAAUACAAUUCUGCUAUGUUCAGAAUCACUACACGGCUGAAAUUGUGUGGUAUUACUAUUACAGAAAAUGAUAUGUUGGAAAAAACAUAUACUACUUUUCAUCCUUCGAAUAUGCUCCUGAUGCAGCAAUAUCGAGGACAAAAGUUUACUAAAUAUGCAGAAUUGAUUUCAUGUCUUCUGUUAGCAGAACAGAAUAAUGAACUUCUAUUGAAAAAUCACCAGUCACGUCCUACUGGAGUUGUUCCGUUCCUUGAAGCGAACGCAGUUAUGUACAAUGGACGUGGACGUGGACGUGGAGGUAGACGUGGACGAGGUAGAAGUCGUUGGCAUUAUUGUUAUGAUCGUGGGAAUUUUUCUAAUACCCACAAUGCGCUAAACCACCAAAAGAAAUUUGAUAAAUUUGAAUCAAAGCAAUCAAAUCCUGAAGAUUUACCAAAUAAGUCCCAGAAGGAUAAGGAAGAUAUAUGUUAUAGAUGUGGUGGUUCGGGGCACUGGUCACGUACUUGUCGUACACCUCAGCAUUUGAUUAAACUUUAUCAAGAGUCAAUCAAAGGGAAAGACUUUAAUAAUGACAUUGAGUUAAAUGAUUUAACUCAUCUUGAUAUGGCUCAUUUCUUUGAUAACGCUGAGGAGAAUGUUGACCUUCUAGUUGGGGAUGGAUCUACGCAGAUGGAUUAA